GUCAAAAUGACACAAUGAGACAAAGCUGUAAAGACUGGAGGAGCAUCACAUUGUCACUUCUGAGAUACUUGACUGAUUAAGUAAGACCACUUGGUGCUUUAGUGAGAGGGGGAAAAGGUCCGAAGCUUGUGCAAUCCCAUGAAACUGGCCAAAAAGUGGAGAGUGUGUAUGUGAUGUGUGGAGGCAGCGUCCCGCACCGACCCUGGCUUUACGAAGGACUGAAAACAUCCAGCUCUCCACUGAGGCCUCCUCCUUCUCCCGUGGACCGUAUGGAACAGAGCAACCAUGCAAAUCUGUGAUUAUCAUCUUUGUCUCACCGUCUACAUCUUCACCUUCAUCUCCGGCUUCCCGGCCAACGUCUUGGCCUUCUACACGCUCAGCCGCAAGGUUUGGAGGAAACCGGCUCCCAUCGACAUCCUCCUCCUCAACCUUACCAUCUCAGACUUGCUCUUCCUCAUCUUCUUGCCCUUUAAAAUGCAAGAAGUGGUCAAUAAAAUGGAAUGGAAUAUUGACUACUUUCUGUGUCCCCUGUCUGGCUUUGUCUUCUACAUGACCAUCUACAACAGUACCUUUUUCUUGACCGCGGUGAGCGUGGAGCGCUAUCUUGGCGUGGCGUUCCCGAUCCAGCACUCUCUAAGGAGAAGACCCAUAUACGCCGUGUUCGCCAGCAUCUUCAUGUGGGUGUUUUCCAUCCUUCACCUCAGCAUCGUCUACAUCGUGCCCUACUACAACCCAUCGGGGACGGUCCAGCCGUCCCGUAACGUCUGCUACGAGGGAUUCACCGAAGCUCAGCUGGAGAUCCUCCUGCCCGUGCGUUUGGAGUUGUGCAUCGUUCUCUUCUGCGUCCCCUUCCUUAUUUGCAGCUUCUGCUACAUAAACUUCAUCCGCAUCCUCUCAAGGCUGCCGAACAUCGGCCGGCGGAGAAAGUUGAGAGCGAUCGGAUUGGCUUUGGGGACGUUGUUGGUGUUUGCGCUCUGUUUUGGACCCUACAACGUCUCCCAUGUUGUUGGCUUCAUAACAAAGAAAAACCCAGCUUGGAGAGACAAAGCCCUUCUUCUCAGCACGUUUAAUGCCUGCUUGGACCCGUUUAUUUUUUAUUUCACCUCCACGGCCGUUAGAAACACGCUUAGUGCAAUGGUGAGGGGCGUUUGGGAUAAAAGCUGGUGCCAAUGCCCACGAAUCCUAUGGAGCUCCAAGAAGGAAACUCAUGAAACAGAGAAAGACAGCCUCCCGAAACCACAGGAGGUCACAAACGCACUUUGACCAACAGUUUUAUUAAGGCCAGUGGAAUUAUUUUUGUGCACAAAACAUGCUGGGUAAACAUUGCUCUACUUCCUUGUAAAAUGAUGGAGCAUACGAAAACAACACAACUCGUGUGGAGAGUGUUAUAUUAGAAGGAAAAGGAAAACACGGUGGACAUGAUAAAGGGACUGAAUUGAGUGUCGGCAAACAGAGGAUUCACUUCCUUUAUGUAUAUAGAGUGUUUAUUCGUCCAUAGUGUGAGCUCAUACUAAUAACAAACGUGUCAUCGUUGACUUUAUUCAAUAUAAACAGAAGUAGCAGUAUGAUAUGAGGACGUUGAUCACUGGGAUAAACGAGCCGCAUUCGUCAGCCGUAUGAAGGUCAACAGAAGAGCACUGUCACAGAAAUAUUUUAAAGGGUUUCCUCUUCUGAGGAAGAUGCUUGUCUGGGAAAUGACAUUGUGGUUUUCUUAUGGUUUGUGAUACGUGUUUGAUCGAAGGUGCACUGUUUUCAGUGUCCAGGAAGUGUUAAAACGUACACCACAGAAAUGAAUGAUGAAAUAAGUGAACCUAUUUCAUCACAACCCCAUGAUGAAAAAAUAUGUUUAAGAGCUGAUUAAUUCACUAAAUUUAAUGAUCUCACUAAAUUUAUUAUAUUUAAAUUAGAAAUGAAUUAAAACUUAAGUCAUUCAUUAAAAUUAAAUCUAAAUAUUUCUAUGAAGCACCUGAUAAUCUUCGAUGAAUGUUGAAAUGAAGAGAGCAAGCUUCGUAGUUAUUCCCGAUUGAUUUAAAUGUGAAGCGUGUCUUUAUUUUGAUGGAAAACUGUGGUUACACUUUUGAUAGGCCACUUUAGACAUUGUCCUAACUAUAAGUAACUUU